UCAAACUCCGUCACAUUUUGUCAAACUAAUUUUAUUUUCCAAUGUCUGUCACACCUUUCUGACUCACAUAUCAACUCAAAAUUCCAGUGAAAUACCACCGACGAAGCAAAUAUGGCACAAAAACUCGUCAUUCCCAGAGGAAUAAUCAACCCAGAAGAAACGACAGUGAUCAAUAUACCGAACAAUCUCCGUGGCUCCUCCGUGGUGGUGGCGCAGAAGUCCACUCCGGGAACUCCUACGGGAGCUGGUGCACAGAGUAGUUUCUACACCCCUCCUCCUAGGGGGUACGAACAUCCCAGUUUGGACUAUCCGGCUUAUAUGGACGAGUCUUCAGAAUUGAAUUCUUACUAUCGGAUAACUGAGGCUGGAGAAAACUGGAACAAGUCGUGGGGUCCUAUGCCACCGAGGCGUCCCCCAAGCCCUUCAAGGCCGCCAACGCAUGUGCCAGAAGGAGCACCCGCUUACCCAAUUGACUAUUGGUCUCCCACAAAGAGGUCGACGCCGUGUUACAAACCAGGAUUUACCACUCAGGAUUUGAAUUUGCCACGACCUCAAGUGUUUCCUGAUGAACCGUACCGAGACAGCCCGAUCGUUAGUCGAAUGCAAACCAUGGCAUCGACUAUUCGACCAGUCAUCCCUGAAUUUCCAGACGCGCUUCACGAUCCUUUUGCCAUCAGUGACAUGUCAGGCUCGGACGAAGAAGAAGAAGAAGACAUAGAAGAGGAGGAGAAAGAAGCGGAAGAAGAGGAAGCAGAGCGCUUGCACGCGCUGGAUCAGCUGGAAUUCGUGGAGAACGACACGCUGGUGCAAGACCUGCUGGCUCUGCAGAGAGAAAGGAGGAAAGUGAUUUAUGACAUGGCUAAUAUGGAGCCGAAGAGGAAAUCAUCACUAAGAAGAACCAAAUCAAUGGCACAUUCAAUCCAAGGGGACCAAAAUAGAACCAUCAUCAUCCCCAAAGGAGUUCUGAAUCCAGACCAAGUGAACAUCAUAAACAUUCCUCGCCGACUGAACACCACUGCCCCUUUAUUAGUGACUCCAAGAA